CAGUUUGACAUUUUCAACUGUCAUCAGCACCUCUUUGCAAAAACAAUAAUUAUAGCCUGUGUUAGCAAAAAUCCACCCAAAGUUUAUUAUAGAUUUUAUCGCGAAAUUUUCUAACAAUUAGUCUUAUUAUUUUGUAAAAACUAAAGUAAUCACAAUGUCAGAUCUCGAUAAGUGGAUUGAGACAGUUAAGGAAUGUAAAUAUUUGCCAGAGAAUGACUUGAAAAAACUUUGUGAUAUCGUGUGUGAAAUUUUACUUGAGGAAUCCAACAUACAACCAGUUAGCACGCCCGUCACAGUAUGUGGAGAUAUACAUGGACAGUUUUACGAUUUGGAAGAACUCUUCCGCACAGGUGGCCAAAUACCUGAUACCAACUAUAUUUUCAUGGGUGAUUUUGUAGACCGUGGCUAUUACAGCCUCGAAACUUUGACACGUCUGCUUACACUGAAGGCACGUUAUCCUGACCGUAUCACACUACUGCGUGGAAAUCAUGAAUCGCGACAAAUUACCAAAGUGUAUGGCUUUUUCGAUGAAUGUUUCACCAAGUAUGGAAAUGCUAAUGCAUGGAAAUACUGUUGCAAAGUUUUUGACCUGCUGACAAUUGCUGCUAUUAUUGAUGAGGAGGUGCUAUGCGUGCAUGGUGGUCUCAGUCCAGAAAUUAUCACACUUGACCAAAUACGUACUAUAGACCGCAAUGGUGAAAUUCCUUAUAAGGGUGCAUUUUGUGAUCUCGUGUGGUCAGAUCCAGAAGAUAUGGACCUGUGGGGCCAGAGUCCGCGGGGUGCUGGUUGGUUAUUCGGUCAGCUUGUGACAAAGGACUUUAUGAAUAUUAACAAUUUAGAAUUGAUUUGUCGUGCACAUCAACUGGUUAAUGAAGGUAUUAAAUACAUGUUCGAUAGUAAGCUUGUAACAGUGUGGUCAGCGCCCAACUAUUGCUAUCGUUGUGGCAAUGUAGCUGCGAUUUUGACGUUUAAAACUGCGAAAGAUCGUACAACCAGUAUUUUUAAUGCGGUGCCAGAAACGGAUCGAGUCAUACCACAACAGAAUACAACACCAUAUUUUCUGUAAAGAAACAUAUCUAAUUGUCCACCCGCCCACUUGUGAUUGCUCAUCGUGGAGUGUUCUUUGCCUUUAACGUUUACGCUGUGUUCUUCUUUACUCCACGUUUUUGAUAUACUCGAUUUACCCUAGAUUCGAUAUAUAAGAAUCUAAAAACAAAAUCUGUUAAACGUACAUAUAAUAACAAUAGCCAAAAUAAUAUAAAUUGUUCCGGUAUUGGUAUCAACUGCUGCAACUAGCUUGCAAAAUAUUACAACUUGUUUGAAUGCAUGUCAUCAUUUUUUAUUACUACGUAAAAAAUACUUUGGUUUUAUACAUAAAAAAGUUGUAUGAAAUUUGAGAA